AUGUCCGGCCAAGGUUACCCGCAGCAGCCAGAUCCCAACUUUACUCCUCCUGUACAUCCCGUUCCUUCUCCACACCCCCUCUACCACCAGGACAUCCACCAACAGCACUUUUCCCAGCAGCACCCCUACGCAACCCACCCCUACAACACCCCACAGCAGCCCUAUCCGCAGCAGCCGCAACCGGGUUACGACCUCCAGUCACUCCCAGACCCCAACCUUUCUCCAUCCCAGUACUACCACAACCCCCAUCCAUCACACCUCAACUCGCCCGGUGUCCCCGCUCAGCACCAUCAACUCGGCGGCCCAGUCCCCCACCCUUACGCCGCCGCAUUCCUUCCUCAGCAAGGGUUCCCUGUCGCCCAAAACCAGUACCAUCAACUGCAGCACCAGCAGCAGCCGCAGCCAGGUGUCUCGCCUUCGUGGGCUCCUCAGCAGCUGCAACAGCUUCAGCUUCAGCAGCAGCCGCAGCAGCAACAACAACAACAACAUCUGCAGCAGCCAAAGCAGGAACUGCCUGAACCCAUCGCCGUUCAGCCUUCCCCCCCACAGGCGGCACCCUACGUCGCGCCUGUCCAGCCCCCACCAGAGCAGCCCAUAGUGUCGCCCCACGUUCCCAAAAUCACUCUUCGCUUCACCAACAAGCCCAAGACAGUACCUGUCGCUGCGGACGCCGAUAUGCCGAUGCCAACGAGAGGAACACGCAACGCCUCGGCGGCGGCGGCGGUGCCAACGCCGGCUGACGACGACGAGCAUGGCCGCCCACGCCGGCGAGCGUCCAAGCCCAUCAAAUACGCGGACGACGACGAUGACGAGGACUUUGUGGGCACCCCCGAGACUCCCCCUCGCGCUGCCUCUCGAAAGACUGGUGACCGCAGGGCGACUCGCCAGUCGUCGCGCGCCGUCAAGGAGGAAGACUACGAGGAAGAAGAAGAAGACGACGAUGGCGACUUUGACGCCGAGGGCGAUGGCGAUGGCGACGGCGACGAUGACUUUGUCGCGCCAGCUCCCGCAACGCACGAGACUCGUCGCUCAAGGCGCGCUCACAAGGCUCCUGAGCGCUACGACGACGACGACUUUGAGAACAAGAUGAUGGACACGAGCCCCAUUGUCGAACCUGUCCAGCCUGUCGCUACCACCUCGACAUCUCGCCCUGCCGCAGGCGGCCGCCCGAAGCGUCGUGGUGCUUACCAGGACCCUGAUGAUGACGAAGACGCGACCCCAGUACCGAGCGCGGCGCCGCCAGCAGCCAACGGUGACGCUGUUGACGCAGCAGAGGCCGACUAUGUGCCCGAGCCGCCCAAGAGCCAGUCGCGCGGUCCCCGUCACUCGUCGGCUGAUGCCGAGUCGUUUGCGCCGUCCGAGUCUGCAGACUCGGCGUCCAGCCCCGACCCCAUUGGUGACGACUAUGUCGACGACGACGUGCAGUCGUUUGCCGAGAGCAGCCCUCCCCGUCGCAGGACUACUCGCCAAACCACCGUUGCCCGUCGCAGCGAGCGCACGAGGCGCCGCCAAGAAGAGUCGGACGAAGAGUAUGGUGCGCGUCGCACUUUACGCAAGCGCGAUGCGCAGGUCAACUAUGCUCUCCCUCCUCUGGACAUGACAGCCGAGAUCCAGGCGGCCGAGCGCCAAGCCGACAUGAUCAACCGCAUGGCCGGUGGCGGUGGUCGCAACCGCGGCUUUGGGGGCAUGACUGCUGCAGGCAAGCCCCUUCCUUGGAGCAUGCGCGGCAAGGACCUUGCCAACUUGAUGGGCGACGCCGACUCGUCCGACUCGGAUGCCGACUUGCCCAUGAACGCUGCCGCUGGUCCGUCGCGGGCUGGUCCUGCCGGCCCCAACGUCCCUGGCCCCAGCGACGUGCCCAACUUUGGCCGGUUCAAUCCCAAGUCUUCCACUGCCGAUGCCGACCCACUCGGCGUUGACGUCAACGUUACCUUUGACCGUGUUGGUGGUUUGGAUAACCACAUCAACCAACUCAAGGAGAUGGUCGCGCUUCCUUUGCUCUACCCGGAGCUCUUCCAGCAGUUUGGCAUCACCCCUCCCCGUGGUGUCCUCUUCCACGGCCCGCCAGGUACUGGUAAGACGCUACUCGCUCGCGCGCUGGCAGCGUCUUGCAGCAACGGCAACACCAAGAUUGCCUUCUUCAUGCGCAAGGGUGCCGAUGUGCUGUCGAAAUGGGUGGGCGAGGCGGAACGCCAGCUGCGAAUGCUGUUCGAAGAGGCACGCGCGUCGCAGCCCAGUAUCAUCUUCUUUGAUGAGAUUGACGGCCUCGCACCUGUGCGUAGCAGCAAGCAGGACCAGAUCCACGCCUCGCUAGUGUCGACCCUCCUCGCCCUCAUGGACGGCAUGGACGGUCGUGGCCAGGUUAUCGUCAUUGGCGCUACCAACCGUCCCGACGCUGUCGACCCUGCGCUACGUCGCCCAGGUCGUUUCGACCGCGAGUUUUACUUCCCUCUCCCCAACCGUGAUGCCCGUCGCAAGAUCAUCGGCAUCAACACACGCGACUGGGAGCCUCAGCUGCCAGACUCGAUGCUCGACAACCUCGCGACUCUGACAAAGGGUUACGGUGGUGCCGACCUGAGGGCACUGUGCACCGAGUCUGCAUUGAACGCCAUCCAGCGUCGUUACCCCCAGAUUUACAAGUCGACCGACAGGCUGUUAGUCCAGCCAGGCUCCAUCCACGUUCAACCCAAGGACUUUAUGCUGGCUGUGAAGAAAAUCAUCCCUUCCUCUGCCCGCUCGACGUCCUCCACUGCCAUCCAGCUACCGGCUCAGCUUACGCCUCUGCUUUCCAACGACCUCGAGAGGCUCAAGACUGCGGUCGACCGUGCCAUGCCUCCCGUCAAGAAGCGUACCGCGCUCGAGGAAGCCGAGUACGAGGACGAAGACGGUGACACGUUUGAAAAGGAGAUGAUGCUGCAGUCCCUGGACAAGUUGAGAACCUACCGCCCCCGUCUCGUCGUCUAUGGCGCGGCUGGAUCUGGCCAGACGUACCUCGGUCCCGCCAUCCUGCACCACCUCGAGGGCUUCCACGUGCAGUCCUUUGACCUUGCGAGCCUCAUGAGCGACUCGACCAGGACCGUCGAGGCCGGUAUCGUCCAGCUGUUUGUCGAGGCCAAGCGCCACCAGCCGAGCAUCAUCUUCAUUCCGUCCCUCGCGCAAUGGUCUGCCAACGUCACGGAGACGGCUCGCUCGACCACGCGUGCCCUUCUCGACGGUAUCCCCCCUUCGGACCCGGUGCUUCUCUUGGCCCUCGUGGACGGACCUCUCAACACGCUCCCCCGCGACGUGCGCUCGUGGUUUGGCUUUGGCGACGAGAACCGUCUAGAGCUCGGCACACCGUCUGCGGACCAGCGCGCGCAGUUCUUCUCUGAACUCCUCGACGCUGUGCACCGCCGCCCCAUCGACUUCCCCGACGGUGUCCCCCGCAAGAAGCGCGUGCUCGAGGAGCUGCCCAUUGCUCCGCCCCUGCCACCUCGCGAGCCGACUCACGCCGAGAUCCAGCGCGAGCUCGACCGCGACAAUGCCGCUCGCCACAUGAUCCAGCUCAGCUUCAACACGUUCCUCGGCGAGCUCAAGCGCAAGUACCAGCGUCCCGUCCUCAUGGCCAAGGAGGCUGCGUACUAUGCCCAAGAACGUGCUGCCGCCGAGAAGGCCAACGCCAACGGUAACCCCGAGGACCCCGCGGCCGAGGCUCCACAGAUCGUUGUCGACCCGGCCACUGGCCAGACUGGCGUGCCCGUCUUGAUCGACAAUGGCGACUCGGCCAGCCUCGCUGUCGAGCCUCCCAGGGUUGAAAUUGUUCCCGUCCUGGAAGUUGCCACCGCUCGCACUUCGGUCGAGCCGGCCAGCAACCCCGAGAUUCCGACCAUUGUAGCCCACGACCUCGACCUGGAAACCAUGUCCAGCAAGCUCAUCAAGCACAAGUACUGCACCCCCGCCGAGGUCCUGCACGACCUGGCGCUCAUCGAGGAAAACUCGCGCUUCCUCGCUUCGCAGGAGACGCGUCUCAAGAUUGGUGCCAUGAUGGCGCAGGCCCAGAUCCACGUCUCUGGCUUUGACGCAAAGUGGACGCCCGAGUUUGAGGCCUAUGCCCACCGUACGCAAGAGCGCAAAGCCAAGCGCAGGGCAGAGCGUGAAAAGGCAAAGGCAGAGAGGGACAAGGCCGACGUUGAAAGGGCCGAGGCGGCCGCAAAGGACAAGGACACUGAAGGCACCAACGGCGACGCUCAGCCGGUCGUUACGGAGAACGGCAAUGGCAACGGUGACGGCGACGCCACUCCUACCGCCAACGGUCUCAAGCGUACGCGCGAGGACGGCGACAGCGGCGAGGGCGAGCCUGCUGAGAAGCGCCCUCGCGACGACGCCAUGGACGUGGACCCCAUCGACUCUAUUGAGAACGGCACCGAGCCAGCGGCGCCCGAGCCCGCCGUGUCGGCACCCAACACGCAGCCUGCGGCGGGUACGCCCAAGGACAAGGAGCCCACCCCUCCCGCUGCUCCCAAGGAGCCCAGCCCGCCCGCCAAGGAGCCAACGCCCACCCCGACCCCCAAGGAGGCCACUCCCGUGCCACCACGCACGCCUACCCCGCUGCCAGUGUACCCGCCCUUUGUGGUGCCCGAGGACGACGUGUCGCAGCUCACCACGGCCCUGCGCGACGUCACUGCCCCGCUCAACGUCGAGGAACUGGAGCAGCUGCGCGCCUCGCUCCUCGACUGCGUCUGGCGGGCCAGGCAGGACUGGGACCGCACCCACCUCGUGACCGACAUGCGUGCGCGUGUCGCCAAGUUUGUGCGCGAGGUCAUGGAGGUGCGUGACGACGGCGAGGAUGAGUUUUAG